AUGGAUUCACAAGCCGAAAGCGACGAGCUCUACCCAAUUGCCGUCCUUAUUGAUGAGCUGAAGCACGACGAUGUUCUUCUCCGUUUAAAUGCGAUCCACCGUCUGUCAACAAUUGCCCUGGCUCUUGGCCCUGAGAGAACGCGGGACGAGCUCAUCCCGUUUCUAGACGACUCUGUUGAAGAUGAAGACGAGGUUUUGACCGCACUUAGCGAGGAAUUGGGCAAUUUUGUCGAAUAUGUCGGAGGUCCAGAAUAUGGGCACGUGCUUCUUUCUCCUCUCGAAAAUCUCGCAGCGAUCGAAGAACCUCUGGUUCGAGAGAAGGCUGUCGAGUCUCUGAACAAAAUUUGCGAUCAGCUCUCCCCGAAGCAGGUUGAGGAGGAAUUCAUACCCCUAGUGCUUCGUCUCUCCAAGGCGGAUUGGUUUACUUCUAAAAUUUCGGCUACUGGGCUCUACUGCACUCCAUAUCGGAAAGCCGCUACCGGUGUCCAACAGGGUCUUCGCCAGCAAUUCGGUGGUUUAGUUCACGAUGAGACUCCGAUGGUGCGGAGGCAGGCAGCCAACAAUCUGUCCAAGUUUGUCAAGGAACUGACGCCUGAGGUCAUCAUUGAUGAGAUUAUACCACUCUUCCAGUACCUUACAAGUGAUGACCAGGACAGUGUGCGCCUGCUGACCGUGGAAAUCCUCAUUUCCAUAGCAGAGGAAAUCCCCAAGGAACAGCAAUCGAGCCAUGGUGUUCUUUUGACGUCUUUGCGAAGUCUUUUUGAAGACAAGAGUUGGCGAAUUGCGAAAGCUGUUGAUGAGGAAGUUGUAACGCGAGAUCUCGUACCAGCAUUUGUUAAGCUCUUGAAGGAUACAGAGGCGGAAGUUCGCACUGCCAUUGCAGGGCAGAUCCCUGGUUUCUGCAACCUAAUCGAUCGUGAUACCCUUCUUAAUGAAAUUAUGACCAGCAUAGAGGAUCUAGUAUCUGACCAGUCCCAACACGUGCGUGGCGCACUAGCCACCCAGGUUAGCGGACUUGCUCCGAUACUUGGUAAAGAAGAAACCAUCUCGCACCUCUUACCAAUGUUCCUCCAAAUGUUGAAAGAUGAGCACCCAGAACUAGCCGAAGACAAGCAAUGGCGUGUGCGCUUAGCUAUAAUCGAAUAUAUCCCACUUCUCGCAAGCCAGCUGGGAGUUAACUUUUUUGACGAACAACUCAGUGACCUCUGCAUGGGGUGGCUGGGUGAUACCGUCUUCUCUAUUCGAGAGGCGGCCACCCAGAACCUCAAGAAACUCACAGAAGUCUUUGGUGUUGAUUGGGCAAACGAGUCAAUUAUUCCCAAGGUUGUGGCCAUGGGCCAACAUCCUAAUUACCUUUACAGAAUGACCACAUGCUUUGCGAUUUCGACUCUCGCGCCUGUGCUUAACCUGACCAUCAUUGAGAACUCGAUUAUUCCAAUUCUGGAGCGACUCGUCACCGAUGACAUUCCCAACAUUCGUUUCAACGUCGCCAAGUCUUAUGCAGUCCUGAUUGACACAUUAAGACGGCUCCCCGCCGAAGGCACUCUACAAGACUUGGAAAAGUCGGGCGAGACAAGCAACCCGGCACCGCAUGGACAAGAGCUUAUUCAGCAACGGAUAAUCCCACAACUGGAGAAGCUGCAGCAAGACGACGAUGUUGAUGUUCGGUACUUUGCCACGACCGCUGCCGGUGGACAUGAUGAAGUUAUGCAAACCUCCCCGUAG